GGCGUGCCUGGGGACUCUUUGUAUUCUCAGCAGGUCAAGGCCACCUUGUCCCAGCCAGCCUUCAUCCUGGCUCCUGUCCCACCUCUUCCACUGCCUCAUCUCCGCUUUGGGCUUGGGAUGAGGAGAGAGGGGCAGACAUUGAUGUGAUGGGGCCUCUGUCCUGUCACCACAAUCACUGAGUGAGGUCAUGGGGAGGAGAGGAGCUGCUGAGUCAGAGCAGGAGCCCCAUGCCAAGGCCGGGGUGAUAGCGUGCCCUCCCUUGUGGAGAAUUCUGGAGUCUCUGAGCGGUGUUGCUAGUGGCUGGCGAGGCCCAGCCUGCAGAUUUCUGACCGGACGCCCAGGGCCCCUGCAUCCUCCCUGCUGAGCUUGCUUCUUAUAGAAGGGCCCUGCUCCAGAGACAUUUAGGACUUGAGCCUUCUGACCAAGGCACUCUGAGUCUCAGGGAACCUGCAAGGGAGAAGGACUGUCAGACCUGUCUGAGCCAGCCGGUGAGGCCAGCCAGGAUGCUGCUCUCUUCAGACCACACCUGGAGCAAGUCACCAGGUGAUGGCCAGCAGUCUGAGCCCCCUCCUCUGGGUCCCCACUGGAAGGUCUGUGAACCUAGCCUGUUCCUCCCCAUCCUCCACGGCCAAAUGAGUAGCCCUUCGGCACACCCUUUUAUUGUCUUUCUGGGUCUUCAGUUUUCGGGAUCAAGUGACUAGCCUCGUCCCGUCCUGGAACUUGCUGACGCUGACGGCCUUCAGGCCAGAGCCUGGGUGGAGCGUGCUGGCCUCCCAGCCAAAACCACAGUGAUGUUAUUUCUGGUGUAAAUGAGAACCAAGCCCUCUCUCUUGGCCACAUUGAACGUUUUGUUCUACUCCACAGCCAAAUCUAUCUUUCUGUACAAUCGAGAGUAGCCUAUAAUGUGGCCAAACCCUAGAGCUGAUCUGGUUUCUUUCCAAGAGAAUUUAAGGAGGAAAGGUGUUGCCCAUCCCAUUGGGUGCUGGGACGUCUGGUCAAGGUUCUUUGGUUUCAUCUAACUUCGCUGGAGUCACGCUCUGCUUUGAUUUGGCACCAUCCCUGUAUUGGAUUUCCAAUGGGCCAAACGCUUUUCACAGCCCAGCCCUGAGCCCCAGCCCAUUCCAUUCCAUUCCUAUUACAUUCCAUCCGGAGAGGCUCUGACCAGAUCCAUUCUGUAGCUCGGAAAUCUGUGAGUUCUAUCACAAUAGGAAGUUCUUUCAGAUUUCCAAUUGUAGUUGUCUUUUCUAAAAACUACCAUCCCUGGAAAAUGAAGCCUGUCUCUACUGGGUCCCAGGGAGACCAUCCUCUUCUCACCAUGGGAUGGUCCUAACUGGUCAAAUAUGAUUCAACUUUACUACCGAAUCCUCUGUUGAUUUUUGGAUGUUUCUCUCUAUGCUACUCCCAUAGUUCCUUUUCACCUUGAGAAGUUAUUGGCCAGUUAUCACAGCAAGCCCAGGCCUUAGCUUGGACUGUCUACUUGUGGCCCUUUCUCCAGCUUGGCAGAGGUCUCUGUAACCCUGAGAACACUGUCGUCAGUGCCCCUUCCAAAGCUGCCCCGACCCUUGUAGCCAUCAAAUAUUACCUUUCAUUCCCUUCAGAUGGCAGAAGCAAUGUAUGAGUUAUUCCUUCAACAGAGUUGGAUCUGAACUGGAAUCCUGUCCUACAAAACAAACAGCCAUUAUUAGGGUUUUCCAGAUAGCCCAUAUGUGCUUAGAAACUCAGUACGGCAACACACGGGUUUUGUUCUUUGGUGUUCUUCAUCCUGGGCUUGAUGAAUUGGGUGCUUGUGUUGCUGCAGAUGCUGGGAAAGAACCUCUCUCCAGAGCUGCCCCCUCCCCAGCCGCCGCUCAGCCUGGGAGCUGGGCCAGCCUGGUGGGAUGCUCAGGGCAGCCCACGUGCACCCUUCCUCGCCUGCACCAUCCUGAAGCCCCUCACCACGCCCAGCAUUCAGAUCUCAGAGGUGGACGCUCCGACCGAGAGUGACCAGACGCUAAGUCCCACAGACGCCAGGGGUCUGAAGCCCCUGCAGGAAGACACCCCACAGCUGAUGCGCACACGCAGUGAUGUUGGCGUGCGUCGCCGGGGCAACGUGAGGACACCGAGCGAUCAGCGGCGAAUCAGACGCCACCGCUUCUCCAUCAACGGCCAUUACUACAACCAUAAGACGUCGGUGUUCACGCCGGCCUAUGGCUCCGUCACCAACGUCCGCAUCAACAGCACCAUGACCACCCCGCAGGUCCUGAAGCUGCUGCUCAACAAAUUCAAGAUUGAGAAUUCGGCAGAGGAGUUUGCUUUGUACGUGGUCCAUACCAGUGGUGAGAAACAGAAGCUAAAGACCACCGAUUACCCCCUGAUUGCCCGAAUUCUCCAGGGCCCAUGUGAGCAGGUCUCCAAAGUGUUCCUUAUGGAGAAGGACCAGGUGGAGGAAGUCACCUAUGACGUGGCCCAGUAUAUAAAGUUUGAGAUGCCUGUUCUUAAAAGCUUCAUUCAGAAGCUCCAAGAGGAAGAAGAUCGGGAAGUCAAGAAGCUGAUGCGCAAGUACACUGUGCUGCGGCUGAUGAUUCGGCAGAGGCUGGAGGAGAUAGCAGAGACUCCCGCAACAAUCUGAGCCCCAGGAGUGAGGGGAUCCAGACACCCCGGAGCCACCACUGACAUGAGCAGACCCACAGGAGGCUGGGCGCCUUCUUUACAUGGGAACGUUGAAAUGUAAACCCCUCCAGCUCUGGACAAGCCACCGUUUGCUACCUGGAGCAGGAUUAAGAUGUCAGCAGACAGCUCCCCAUCCCUGAAUCCCUGCUCUCCUUUCAUUCACUCACAAGGACUUUUGAUUUAAGGAGGACCCCAAAUGUGUGUGUGUGUUUUUACACUUGCGUGCAACAUGCAGGCAAUACGUGUCUAUGUGCCUACCUGACAUUUUCACAUGUAAUUAAAUUCCAAGCAACCAGCACAAGUGCCAUGGGGCCGGCAGAAGUGCUGCCCAUGGGCAGGAAAAUCAGAGGAGAUGCUGAUCUGAAGGGUUUUAAGUCAAAGAAAACCUCAAGUGCCACGGAGCAGCCACAGAUAUUUAGAAGGGGCAGAGGGUUCUCCAAUCUUACCAUUUGGGAUAUUUAUAUGUUAGUUUAAAUUCUCCCCAUAUGCCCAGAAGGAUCAGUGAAUGUGAGACCCUUGGAAAUUAACAAAAUAACAGCCCCAAUACCCUUAGGGCAAGUCUGAUGGAAAGAAAAAGAUAACCCAUCAGUGGGGUAGAUGCAAUAAGCGCACAAGUUUUUACACUGGAAACUUUGAUUAUUUUGAAUAACAAAGAGGUAUGUGCUGUUCUGUGUGGACCCCUGUAAAGAACGGAUUCUCCCUCUGUCCCUCCUCCAUGGCCACCUCUAGGAGACAGAGGGCAGCCUGCGUGUCUCUCUGCAUGCCAAGCUGCUGGCACAGCUCUCUGCUGCUCCCUCAAGCCGAGGGAAAGUUCUCAUGAAACAAAGAUCUUGCCAAGUGUGGACAUGAUGGUGCCCAGCGAGUGUGGCCAGAGCAUGGCUCCUUCUGGUGUGGUGGCCAGGAAGCUUCUGUGGUCUCUCCUUCGUGCCGAAGGGCAGUGGCUGCCAGCAGAGAGGACAGGUGCCUUGAGCCCAGUCCGUCUCUGUAUCAUCACAGGGGUUUUCCUGCACUUGGACUAGGGCUGUGUGUUUGAAGUUGAGGCUUUAUUCUUUCCAGCCUCUUGGGUUCUUGCAAGUUGCCAAAUCUGGUGCGUGGAGAUGGACUCCAAGAGUGAGGACUCAUCCUGCUACUGAUCAAGGCUGGGGCUCAGGGAAGCUCUUUAGGUGAAGGUGCAGAGGGAGGACAGAACGUCUUUUUUGGCUUCUCUGAGCAGCCUUGCCGCAGGUGAUCUUGAGAACCAACCCUAAGGAGGGGAAAGGGCAGAGAUGGUCUGUCCGCUGUGGUCCACAUCGGGAAGAUUGCCAGGCAGCUGGGGGCACCAGUGUGGCUGAUACAGUUUGAGGAGGGACAGACAGAUGCUGGGAGCUGGGUGCCUGGCUAGGGAGAUCAACUGAAUAAGACCAGGAGCUCCUAACAGCGGCAUCUCUGAGCCUUGCUGGGGUAGGGACCCUCCCUUCUCUUCUCCACCUCCUAUCCAAGGAAGGUUUGCAGAGCUGGGCAGUUGAGGAAAGGAGAGCCACUGGCCAGUGCCUCUAAAGGAAGGUGGACUGUUUCAGCAGAGCUGUUCCUGCCCUGGGCACCCUUGUCCCCUACUCAUACCUAUGGCCUUUGUAGAAGGUCCACAGCUGCAGUCUCAUUGUAGACUGCAAAAAGAUGGCAUGUUGCCACCUGGCAUUUUGCUGGGGGUCUCUCAGCAAGCCUGCCUCCUCCAUGGGGACACUACCGCCAGCCCCAUAGAGCACGGAGUGGAAACCCAGAGGGGCUUAGUCUCAAUCACACGUCUCAGUGGGCUCCUGCAAAAUGCACAGAAUUGGGCAUAAAAGACAAAGAGGUUCCCUUUGUUACAGAUGGGAAAGAGCAGCUUUGUGAAUGCAAAUGUAACUCCUGAGUUUUGCAUUUGAGAAGAUGAUUUGGAGAGGAGCUCUUCCAGUACUUUAUAUUUUGAAUGUUCAAAGCCUUCGUUGGCCCCAAUAAUUGUCCCUAGGGCCUGGGGGUAGGGGAGAAUUUACACAAAGCAAAUUACUAACUACUAACUCUUAUUGGAUAGCUAUCUCUGGUUUGUAAAAGUUCUUUUUAAUUUGCACUAGCACUGUGAUAGUGUUAAAUAUGGAAAUGUUGCAAAACGUCCAUUUUGCCAGAUCACUUUCUGAGAAAAUGAUGCUAAGGUGGACUCAGCUUUUCAAAGAUGGGGGGUAGGGGCUGGUCAGGGCAGGGAAGCGAGGAGUAAUCACAUCUCACACAAUGCGCUUCCACUUUUCCAUUUUGGCCUGCCCUAGAGAUCAUUUCUCUAGUCCUAAAAACCUGAUCAGAAAUUUUGGAAAAGUUCUUUGCAGUAGCAGCGGUUGAAACAGAGACAUUUCUCCAUGGCCUGGGUAGGAUUUUCUCACUGGUAUCACAUGGCCUUGCAGCUUUGAACUCCUCUACCGAUUUGUGUGGGUUUAUGUAAUUGUGUGCAAUGAACCUGAAAUGGCGUAAAGAACAAAAGGCCAAUUUAUAGGGUUUUGUGGGGUUUUUUUUCUUCCCAACUUUGGAAAAGCAGUUUAGCUGCAUCUGGCUUCCCCACCUGGGGCUUAUAUUACAAGGUGAUCAAUUGAAAGAAAACCUCGAGCCCAUCUGGCUGGGGCGGUGGAAUUAAGCACAAGAUCACAUCCUCGAUCACAUGAGCGGGGAGGGGAGGGCUCAGCUGGGAAGGGUCACCUUGGGGCGGGGCUGAGAGCACACACCGUAGGCUCGCCCAGGCGUGUUGGUGGGGAGCGCGCACAGGCCUCUCCGGGCUGGAUGGACUUCAACUUCGAGUUGAUGUUGAGGCGAGAGGAUCUCAGAUCAGCCACCCAUCCGCGAGAAAGACGCUGAGGCUCGAGGUCCAGGUUUGGGUCUGAGACACGCUGAUGCUUCAAGGAGAAAUAUUUUCACCCUUCUCUCCUCCCCCCGGAAAAGAAAACAAUGCUCUCUCCUAGAAACCUCCAGAUAAAGACAUUUAUCAUCCUAUCAGUGGCCUGUAAUGACCCCCCAAAAGUCGGUUCUCCAGACAAAAAUGUCUUCACGGGAAUCCUUUUCUGUGCUGUCAGGCAGGUGGUUACUUGGGAGCGUCGGGAGAGCCGAACGGGAAAUGAGGGAAAUGAGCCACAGAAGGGCAAGGAACUCUCUUUAAGAAACAACAGCUCUCUCUCAAACGACACCGCCGUCGAAACACCAAAAAACCACCGUUUAUGUCAAAGCUCUGUAGCACGGAGAACACGGCGUCCUAGUUACACCUCCAAGAGAGAAAUUUCUAUGUGAACGGGGGAAUUUGAGUGCCUCAUGGUGACCAAACGCUGAUAUGAGGGAUGACAGGAGAUCACCCUACGCAUCCUUGAUACAGCGGCACAAAGUUUCACGUUUCUACUUAAAUUGUUUUACAUAAAGUCUUGCUUCAGUCAGAUGGGACGGGAUAGGAUGUCCUGGAGAGGUAUAUAUAUAUAUAUAUAAACGCAUGUGGUGCAUCUUUCUUUCAGACGGAACUGAGAGCUUUACCUUGUUGCAAGGGGAGGUUAAAGCUCCCCUAGGGUUUUAACUGAGCACAAAAGCCGCGCAGGCUACAAAGGGAGAGGAGUCUGUCUGUCCGUGGAGUCCUCCCCGCACGUCGCAGACCUGUCCAGGCUGAUGUUUCUGGUGUGUAAUCGCUAGUGUUUCCUAAGGGUUUCCCCACUCGUUUUAGCCUCGUGGAGUGCUCUUUUCUGAAUCCUAACCUGUCUUUUCAGUGAUGGUACAUGACCUGGUUCGAUGUUUGAUUCUGGACUCAUUAACCGAUGCUUUUAGGCAUCGUAACAUAAUUUGACAAGGCCUCGGUAGGGAGCCGUACAUUUUUGUAACGUUUUGAUAUGUGUUAAUGCACCUGACUUAGCUCUUAUCGAAAUAAAGCACUUUUCGAAGAGAA